GCUUUGACUCGCGCUGGACAAUCUGCUGCUUUCGCUUUCUUGAUCAUACUGCACGACACCAAUCAUUCACCAUGGGCCCGGUAUUUCGGAAUCACUACCUUGGAUGCGCAGCGCUAACAUGAAUACAGAGAUCAACAGUACUGCCUAGCGCACAGGUAUACCGCCUUAUCGUCUACCACAUCGACCCACCCUAACCCAAACACAGACCGAAAGCGCUCGCGAGUUGCGCCGCAACUUCUACUGCGACAUGUGCAGUAAAGGCUACGGCCGUAUCACAGACUUCGAAGCCCACGAGAACAGCUAUGACCAUCAGCAUCGCAAGCGCAUGAAGGAGCUGAAGCAAAUCACUCGCAAUCCCACAGCCGCCGUACGCAACUCACGCACGGAGAAGAAACGGACAGAGAAUUCCGAGAUGAUUAGUCUGAAUCUGAACAAAGCCUCGAAGGCAGAUGGAGUGAAGAGAGGCUUCAGAGAUAUCGGUGGUGACAAGGACACAACUCAAGAUACGCGGACGACGACAGCAGCGACCGUGCCCGACGUUGUUAUGAAGGACGCUCCGGUCAGAGAGCAAGCCGAGGUAGAAGCACCGCUCCGAUGGGAUGAUCUCACACGGCUAUCAUCUAUACUGGAUCCAGCGACUCUGCCCGCCGAGUGGCAGCAAGAAGCCCCUAGCGCUACCCAGGCAUGCUUCUCCCACAUGGCCGACGCAGAGAAGCAGAGAGCAUACUUCGACGAUGAUGAAGACAUACUGGAUGAACUCGGCAUCGCCGACGACGAAUGGCAUGCCGAUGAGGAAAUCCUCCCCAACGAGAUCGACAUUGACCAAGACUGGGAGGACUUUAUGCAAUCAGACGAUUGGAAGAAACAUAAGAACUCGACCGAACAAGCGCGGAAAGAGAAGCUCAACCUAGCUUGGAAACAAAGGAGAGCUCUAUACCAGUCGGUUUGAUUUGUUGAGACUAGGUCACUUGGGUUGGAAGUUGGUUGCAUAAGCGCUGGAGUUAUCUGACGGAGGAGAACUUGGAAUGGCAUUCGGUAUGGUGUUCGGUGUCGAUGGCGAGUCACUCUCUUCAAUCACAAUUGUUUAACCAAAAUCUUGUCUU